AUCCGGCCUUUCCUGGCUGGCGCUUUCGCGCGAUGUAGGUGUGCGUUUGGUGAGCAGUGGAACCUUUGGCACAAAAGGAAUGCACGUAAUUAAAGAUAUCCUUUCAGCCUUCAGUAAUAUUCACAAAGAAGACCACAGACUGGCUGAUUUCUUAGCCUGAUCAAUGAACUGCUUGAUAUAAUGAAGACUGUAUUUAUGGUAGCAGAAAAGCCAUCUUUGGCACAGUCAAUUGCUAAAAUCCUUUCACGAGGUAGCUGCACAUCUCGCAAAGGAUUCAAUGGAGCCUGUUCAAUUCAUGAAUACAAUGGAGGAUUUUCAGGACAAAAUGUGCGCUUUAAGAUGACCUCUGUCUGUGGACAUGUCAUGACUCUGGAUUUUAUAGGAAAGUAUAAUAAUUGGGAUAAAGUAGACCCUGCUGAGCUUUUCAGCAAAGCACCAACAGAAAAGAAAGAAGCCAAUCCCAAGUUAAACAUGGUCAAGUUUUUGCAGGCUGAAGCAAGAGGAUGUGACUAUGUUGUUCUGUGGCUGGACUGUGACAAAGAGGGUGAAAACAUUUGUUUUGAGGUUCUUGAAGCCAUCAUGCCUGUCUUGAAUAAAUCAUAUGCAAAUGAGAAGACAAUUUUUCGUGCUAAAUUUAGCUCUAUCACUGAUACAGACAUCUGCAAUGCAAUGAAUCGACUUGGUGAGCCAAAUCGUAAUGAAGCAUUGUCUGUUGAUGCCCGGCAGGAAUUGGAUUUGCGCAUUGGCUGUGCUUUCACAAGGUUUCAGACAAAAUAUUUCCAAGGAAAAUAUGGUAAUCUGGAUAGCUCUUUGAUUUCAUUUGGACCUUGUCAGACUCCAACUCUAGGUUUUUGUGUAGAACGCCAUGACAAAAUUCAGUCUUUCAAACCUGAGCCAUAUUGGAUAAUUCAAGCAAAGGUGUCUAAAGGAAAAGAGGUAGCGCUGACCCUAGAUUGGGACAGGGUGAGGGUUUUUGACAGGGAAGUCGGGCAGAUGUUCCUUAAUAUUGUCAAAACUGCAAGAGAAGCCAAGGUUGAAUCUGUAAUCAAAAAGGAGAAGGCAAAGCAGAGACCACUGGCACUGAACACUGUGGAAAUGCUACGUGUUGCAAGCUCAGCUCUUGGAAUGGGCCCUCAACACACCAUGCAAGUAGCAGAGCGACUCUACACACAAGGUUAUAUUAGCUACCCAAGAACAGAAACCACCCAUUACCCAGAGAACUUUGAUCUGAAAGCUGCUUUGAGGCAACAAGCUAACAAUCCUUUUUGGUCUGAAUCGGUGAAAGCUUUGCUUUCUGAAGGCAUAAAUCGUCCCAGAAAAGGCAAUGAUGCUGGAGACCAUCCACCUAUAACCCCCAUGAGAUCUGCUACUGAAAGUGAGCUAGGAAGUGAUGGCUGGAGACUGUAUGAGUAUAUAACAAGGCAUUUCAUAGCAACUGUGAGUUAUGAUUGCAAGUACCUCCAAACCAGUAUUGCCUUCAGUAUUAGUAGUGAGAAUUUCACCUGCACCGGAAAGACGUUGCUAUCUUCAGGUUUCACAGAGGUCAUGCCGUGGCAGAGCAUAGCAAAGGAGGAGAGCCUUCCAAGCUGUGAAAGAGGGGAGGUAUUUGUACUAGAUGAAGUGAAGCUUUUGGAAAAGCAAACUAAUCCUCCAGAUUAUUUGACAGAGGCAGAGCUAAUAUCAUUAAUGGAGAAACAUGGAAUUGGUACUGAUGCCAGCAUCCCAGUACAUAUUAACAAUAUCUGCCAGAGGAAUUAUGUAACUGUUGAAAGUGGGCGUAGGUUGAAACCAACCAACCUGGGGAUUGUUCUUGUCCAUGGCUAUUAUAAAAUAGAUGCGGAAUUGGUGCUGCCCACUAUCCGAAGUGCAGUAGAGAAACAGUUGAAUCUGAUUGCUCAGGGAAAGGCCAACUUUAAGCAAGUCCUGCAGUUUACUCUUGACAUCUUUAAGAGAAAAUUUCAUUAUUUUGUGGAUUCUAUUGCAGGGUUGGAUGAAUUGAUGGAGGUCUCCUUUUCUCCGAUUGCUGCAACAGGAAAGCCACUCUCACGAUGUGGAAAGUGUCACCGUUUCAUGAAAUACAUCCAGGCCAAGCCCAGCAGGCUACACUGUUCUCAUUGUGAUGAAACAUACAGUUUGCCACAAAAUGGAGCAAUAAAGCUUUUCAAGGAACUGCGCUGUCCAUUGGAUGAAUUUGAGCUAGUACUGUGGUCAUCUGGAUCAAGGGGCAAAAGUUAUCCACUGUGUCCAUACUGUUACAGCAAUCCACCCUUCAGAGACAUGAAGAAAGGUAUGGGGUGCAAUGAAUGCACACAUCCCACAUGCCAGCAUUCUCUAAACAAUUUGGGAAUUGGACAGUGUGUGGAAUGUGAGCAUGGAGUGAUGACUUUUGACACCACUUCUGGUCCCAAGUGGAAAAUGGCCUGCAACAAGUGUAAUGUGGUGGUACACUUUUUUGAGAAUGCCCACAAGGUACGUGUGUCUUCAGACUGUUGCGAAUCCUGUGAAGCCUCGUUAGUCAUAGUUGACUUCAAUAAAGCAAAGUCGCCUCUCCCAGGCGAUGAGACCCAGCACACAGGUUGUGUCUUCUGUGACCCAGUCUUCCAGGACCUGGUCGAACUGAAGCAUGCUGCUAUGAAGCACCCCAUGCACAGGGGAGGACAAGGUCGGCGGCAAGGACGAGGACGUGGGAGAGGGCGACGACCAGGUGGAAGAGGUGGUUUGAAGAAGCCCAAAGAUAAAAUGGCUGCUUUAGCCGCUUACUUUGUGUAGGAUAUUCUGUUAUAAAUAAAUCAGGAUUGACUGAGUCAGUA